GGGGUUAGAAGUUGAUCGAACUAUGUAAAACCACAUAGUCCGUUGCAAGACGUCCUUGCAUGGUUACAUUUAAAUAAAACUUAACGAAGUUCACAAUAGUAAAACACGUUGUAUUUAUAAUAUUUGUUAAUUGUGUUGUACUAGUAGCAAGAGUUUGAAAGAGGUGCGCGAUAAAUACUUAGAAAUAUUACUUUCUAGUUAUAUUCACACAAUUUAAGAUUCUCCGUCCGAUUCUCAAACCAAAGUACGCAGUUUAUGAGUUGAGUGAAUAAAAUUUAUCGCAGACAUUUGCAUUCAGUGUUAAGUGUACGAUUUAAUCAUCAGUUUGUGGAAUUUACUAAUUUAUUAAUUUAUUUCGUGGAAUAUCAUACUGGCUUUUGCAUUAAAUUUAAUUUUCCUUACAAUUAUCUUAUAUGUAUGUUUCGUUGGCUAUUUAAUCUGACAUGUAUGAUAUAAGAUACUUUUCGCAAUGUUUUAAACCUUUUCUUUAUAUUUAGCAAGAGACUAUACUUUUGUGCAGCACAUUGAUAAGUUGUUUGUAAAGAAAGAGAUCCAAAUAUGCAAAUACUUACACUACAAUUUUUAGUGUAUAACUAUUGUGGUUUAUGGCGACCUAGUGAAUGGUCAUCAAAUGUCGCAAAACUAUUGUACAAUGUAUUCACCUUUGUUAUAAUAUCCUCGGAAUACUUUGUGGUGUUAACUCAAUUUAUGGAUAUAGUACUUAUUGUCGACAAUAUCAACGAUUUUGCGACUAAUACUCUAAUAUUCCUGACUCUUGUUGCCGUAUGUUGUAAAGCGACUGUCGUUUUGAUGCGUCGGAAUGCGAUUAUUAAUUUGAUGCAACUAUUGAUGAAAGCACCGUGUAAACCUUGUGACAAAGACGAAUCGGCGAUACAAACAAAAUUUGAUAGGUUUAUUAGGUCGUAUUCUAUAAAAUACUUAGUUUUGGGGGUUAGCGCCGUUGCAGGCACUACAAUAGGAUCAGUAUUAAAUGUUAUGCAAGGUCAUAUACCUUAUCGAAUAUGGCUGCCAUGGGAUUAUAAUAUACCUCUAGUGUUCUGGAUUAUAUCCAUUCAUCAAAUUAUAUCUUCAUUUUUUGCCACAAUGAUAGGUAUCGGCACGGAUACUCUAAUCCUCGGAUUGUCUUUGCAAAUGUGUGCUCAGCUUGAAAUUUUCGAAAAUCGUCUUCACAAAUUAAUAAUUAAUAAAACAGUUAGAUAUCUGGAACAUGCACUCUCUUCGUCGAAUAAAAACAGAAGGAGGAUAUCGGAUUGCAUACAUCAUCAUCUCAGCAUUUACAAAUAUGCCGAAAUGGUAAACGCUAUAUUCAACCAAGUGUUCUUCGUUCAAUUCUCUGGAAGCAUACUGGUAUUAUGUACAAGUGUGUAUUACUUGUCAACUCAUAUUGCGGAACUGUCUGGACUUGUGACUUUAUUAUUCUACACCAUUGGAAUGUUUGUACAAAUUUACAUACUUUGCUGGUCUGGAAACGAAGUUAUUCUUAAGGUAAUCUAUAUCAGAAUCUACAAUCUAUACCAGAAUGAUGUAUUUUAUUCAGGUCUAAAUAUGCAAAUACUUUCUCUAAGUUUUUCGAUAUAUAACCUUUGUGGUAUAUGGCGACCAAGUGAGUGGUCAUCAAAUGUCGCAAAACUGUUGUAUAACAUAUUCACUUUUGUCAUAAUAUCUUCGGAAUACUUUGUGGUGUUAACUCAAUUUAUGGAUAUAAUACUUAUUGUCGACAAUAUCGAUGAUUUUGCUACUAAUGCUCUAAUGUUCCUGACUCUUGUUGCCGUAUGUUGUAAAGCCACUGUCGUUUUGAUGCGUCGGAAUGCUAUUAUCAAUUUGGUGCGACUAUUGAUGAAAGCACCGUGUAAACCUUGCGAUGAGGAUGAAUCGACGAUACAAACAAAAUUUGAUAAUUUUAUCAGGUCAUAUUCUAUAAAAUACACACUUUUGGCGACUAGCGCCGUUACAGGCACUACAAUAGGAUCAAUAUUAAAUGUUAUGCAAGGUCAUAUGCCUAAUCGAAUAUGGCUGCCAUGGGAUUAUAAUAUACCUUUAGUUUUCUGGAUUAUAUCCAUUCAUCAAAUUGUAUCUUUACUUUUUGCCACAAUGAUCCUUGUCGGCACGGAUACCUUAAUCUUCGGAUUGUUUUUGCAAACGUGUGCCCAGCUUGAAAUUUUCGAAUAUCGUCUUCACAAAUUAAUAAUUAAUAAAACAGUUAGAUAUCUGGAACAUGCACUCUCUUCGUCAAAUAAAGACAAAACGAAGAUAUCGGAGUGCAUACAUCAUCAUCUCAGCAUUUACAAAUAUGCCAAAGCAAUAAACGCUAUAUUCAACCAAGUGUUCUUCGUUCAAUUCUCUGGAAGCAUACUGGUAUUAUGUACAAGUGUGUAUUACUUGUCAACUCAUAUUGCGGAACUGUCUAGACUUGUGACUUUAUUAUUCUACACCAUUGGAAUGUUUGUACAAAUCUACACUUUUUGCUGGUCUGGAAAUGAAGUCAUGCUUAAGAGUACGAGCGUAGGGAACGCUAUAUAUUGCAUGGACUGGCCAUUACUAUCAAUUGACGAACAAAGGGACUUGCUGUUAAUCAUGAUGCGAAGCACA